GUUUUAUUAAAAAGCGUAGUAUUUACCCAUUUCGUUGAAGUUUCAUCAGAGGCCAACUAACUUUUAACUGGCCGGUAGUUACCCGAAACAAAAUCAAAAUUUAUUAACCGUACUUAUACAGACAUUCUAUCGUUGGCAUUUUUCGGGACUCAUGGUAACACCUAUUGGAAAAUAUUCUUUGGAAAAUUCAUGUGAUGCUGACCUUGACAAGGACAUUGAUGAUGAUGACGAAAUUAGUCUGAGCUCUGAAGAUGAAAUAAAGUCCAAUAAUAUUUUAGAUAAGAAAAAUAAUUCACAGUCACUUUGGUUUCGUGCACAAAAACGCCUUGUUGGUCGUGUGAUGCGAAAUCAACAAUCUGUAAAAUCUAUCAUCGGUAACAGAGCUUAUAAAGCUUUAACCUCUUUGCAUACACUUAUGAAAAUGUAUAUAAAACCUGAAAGUGAAGUUAAACAAUUGUAUAAAUCAUUGGUUAAAACUAUUGGUAAAAUUGGAGUUAUUUCUCAACAACGCAGUUUAUCAGAUGAAGAUUAUACAAAUAUACAUGAAAUUAAAGACAAAAGUUGUACAAUUGGUCUAACACUUAUAAGUUUCGCUCAAACAGAAUAUACUUAUAAUUAUGCCUUUCUUAAAGAACAGUUAGAUAAUUGUAAAGAUAAUAUUUGUCAAGCUGUUACACCGUACUUAAGUCAAAAGUCAGUUGAACGUAUUAAAUACUUAUUCAAUGUACUUAGCUCAAGUGAAUUUCUUGACUCUGUAUAUAAUCAGUCAGCUAGUGAAACACAGAAAGCUGAGCUUCAUAAUUUGGUUAAUCAUUUGAAUCAGUUAGUCUGUCGAACAAAGUAAUACUUAUCAGCUACCAACUGUUGCUUUUUAUUCCUUUGCUUUGUUUGUGAUUUCAGAUAACAGGUUAUGUAAUACACACGCACAUGUGUAUAAAUAUGUGGGUAAUGAUUUUGUACUUAGAACUUGGAAUGUCUACUUCAUUUUAAUCUAAUUUAUAUUAGGGCUGAGAUUAAUUUCUAGACUGAUAAAUCUGUUCUUCUAAAUAUAAUUCGAUUUUUUGUACUCAAGAAAUAAAUUAAAACUAUUAUUGUUAUCACAUUUGUGACUCUCAGCGAUUAAUGAUCUGAUAAAUUUUUCAUGUAUAGUUUCUGUUUUGCCUGUUUUCACUGCCUUCACUAUGACAGCUUUGUCUUUUUUAAAAUUAUUUUCUGUGUUCGUGUUUCCCAUUCAUCUUUGGUAUUUUUAAGUCGAAAUAAAUAAUUGAAACAGUGUU